UGGCCUGCUCUCCCUGUCAUCAUGCGGUUUUCAGGGGGUUUUCCAGGUGGCUCCUGGGCAUUCUGGGCAUUCUGUUCUGGGCCUGCUCUUCAAGGAGAGCCCAAGAGCAGCGUUGAAGAGAAGGCUGCGGGGGGCCCUGGGCUAGGACGGAGCCAUCCACUGUCCAGACCACUGUCCCUGUGCCCACAUGUGCUCAGCAAUGCCGGGACGGGCGGCCUCACUCUGCUUCUGGAACUUCAAGUGCAGCCUCAAGGUUUGGGGUCUCUGGGCGCAGCUCCACUUUACUCACAACAUUCGUGCACCUGGUGCUCACAGAGACCCAGCAGUUGCCAGGCUUCCCCGUCCCAUGAAACAGUACCCCCCACCCCAUAAAACAGUUCCCUGGGCUGCCCUCGGAGCCCUUCUGCUCCAGCCCCCAUCGGCUUCCUUGGGUAGCUGAGGCUGGAGAGGAGGUUCUGACUCUGGCCAGGCAGCUGUCAGUGGGGCCCUGGGCAGUUGGAACCUGAACACCUUUCCAAGGACCGCCGGGCGUGAGGCUGGGGCACGCUGAGCUGGGAUCUGGGCCUUCCAGGCUGGCUCGUGUGGCUUGCCUGGGCAGGGAAGGCAGAGCAGCUGGGGGUCUCUGUGUCUGUGUGUCUCAGGGGGCAUGUGUGCACGUGCAGGGAGUGAGGGGCUGGAGGGAGGCAGGCGGCCACAGCUUCUGUGUUGGUGUCACCUGGUCAGCUGCCCUCCUAGGGCAGUGCAGCCAGGGUUGGGGGAGGGACAUUUAUGAACUCCAGCAUGAGAGGGACCCAGGUUUGAGCUCUGGCCCCGGCAUGACUAAGCUGGGUACCCUCCAAGGACGAGUCUCUUGUCUGCACGCCGGGUUCUUCUUAAUGGAGUCAGGACCACGAUCUUCCUGAUUCAUGCGGUGUGCAUGGCCAUGGACCGUGUGCCAGGCCCUGUUCCGGCACUGUAGGCACACAGUCAGGGCCUGCUGAGGACGGGGCGAGGGGAGCACCCUUGCCCGCCGUAGUAGGGUAGUAGGGUCAUGUCCCCUCCACCGCAAGGCUGGGAGAAGGCGUGGUGGGGAAUGGGAGGGUUGUGUCUAGAGUAGGCGGAGGGCUGGCGUGGGGGACGGAGCUGCCCUUCCCUGUGUCCUUGCUCCCUCCCGAGAGUGCGUGGGAGCGCGCAGGAGCCCCAGAGGCCACCCCAUGGGCCGUGGCCCCCGCAUGGCUGUCCCGGCUGCAGCCACUUCCUGCUUAGCCUGGACAAAAAUGUCUUUGUCGGGCUGAGUUCCUCCUGGAGCCUCCCUGUCCCUUCGCUUCCCAGGAGUGUCCGCCGGACGGGAGGAGCUUCCGCGAGGAGCAGUGCGUCUCCUUCAACUCCCACGUGUACAACGGGCGGACGCACCAGUGGAAGCCUCUGUACCCGGAUGACUAUGUCCACAUCUCCAGCAAACCGUGUGACCUGCACUGCACUACCGUGGACGGCCAGCGGCAGCUUAUGGUUCCCGCCCGCGACGGCACAUCCUGCAAGCUCACUGACCUGCGAGGGGUUUGCGUGUCUGGAAAAUCCCAUCGGCUGUGACGGGGUGCUUUUCUCCACCCACACACUGGACAAAUGUGGCGUCUGCCAGGGGGACGGUAGCAGCUGCACCCACGUGACGGGCAACUAUCGCAAGGGGAAUGCCCACCUUGGUUACUCUCUGGUGACCCACAUCCCGGCUGGUGCCCGAGACAUCCAGAUUGUAGAGAGGAAGAAGUCCGCUGACGUGCUAGCUCUUGCAGACGAAGCUGGCUACUACUUCUUCAACGGCAACUACAAGGUGGACAGCCCCAAGAACUUCAACAUCGCAGGCACGGUGGUCAAGUACCGGCGGCCCAUGGAUGUCUAUGAGACUGGAAUCGAGUACAUCGUGGCACAGGGGCCCACCAACCAGGGCCUGAAUGUCAUGGUGUGGAACCAGAACGGCAAAAGCCCCUCCAUCACCUUCGAGUACACGCUGCUGCAGCCGCCGCACGAGAGCCGCCCCCAGUCCGUCUACUACGGUUUCUCCGAGCCCGCCUCCGAGAGCGCUGAGAGCCAGGGCCUGGACGGGGCCGGGCUGAUGGGCUUCGUCCCGCACAACGGCUCCCUCUACGGCGAGGCCUCCUCAGAGCGGCUGGGCCUGGACAACCGGCUGUUCGGCCACCCGGGCCUGGACAUGGAGCUGGGCCCGAGCCAGGGCCAGGAGACCAACGAGGUGUGCGAGCAGGCCGGCGGCGGGGCCUGCGAGGGGCCCCCCAGGGGCAAGGGCUUCCGAGACCGCAACGUCACAGGGACUCCUCUCGCCGGGGACAAGGAUGACGAAGAGGUCAACACCCACUUCGCCUCCCAGGAGUUCUUCUCGGCCAACGCCAUCUCUGACCAGCUGCUGGGCACAGGCUCUGACUUGAAGGACUUCACCCUCAAUGAAACCGUGAACAGCAUCUUUGCACAGGGUGCCCCAAGGAGCUCCCUGGCCGAGAGCUUCUUUGUGGAUUAUGAGGAGAACGAGGGGGCUGGCCCUUACCUGCUCAACGGGUCCUACCUGGAGCUGAGCAGUGACAGGGUUGCCAACAGCUCCUCUGAGGCCCCGUUCCCCAACGUUAGCACCAGCCUGCCCACCUCGGCCGGGAACAGGACUCACAAGGCCAGGACCAGGCCCAAGGCGCGCAAGCAAGGCGUGAGUCCCGCGGACAUGUACCGGUGGAAGCUCUCGUCCCACGAGCCCUGCAGUGCCACCUGCACCACAGGGGUCAUGUCUACGUAUGCCAUGUGUGUCCGCUACGAUGGUGUCGAGGUGGAUGACAGCUACUGUGACGCCCUGACCCGUCCCGAGCCUGUCCAUGAGUUCUGCGCUGGGAGGGAGUGCCAGCCCAGGUGGGAGACGAGCAGCUGGAGCGAGUGUUCGCGCACCUGCGGAGAGGGUUACCAGUUCCGCGUUGUACGCUGCUGGAAGAUGCUCUCGCCCGGCUUCGACAGCUCCGUGUACAGCGACCUGUGCGAGGCAGCCGAGGCCGUGCGGCCCGAGGAACGUAAGACCUGCCGGAACCCCGCCUGCGGGCCCCAGUGGGAGAUGUCGGAGUGGUCUGAGUGCACUGCCAAGUGUGGGGAGCGCAGUGUGGUGACCAGGGACAUCCGCUGCUCGGAGGAUGAGAAGCUGUGUGACCCCAACACCAGGCCUGUAGGGGAGAAGAACUGCUCGGGCCCGCCCUGUGACCGGCAGUGGACCGUCUCCGACUGGGGACCGUGCAGUGGAAGCUGCGGGCAAGGCCGCACCAUCAGGCACGUGUACUGCAAGACCAGUGACGGACGGGUGGUACCUGAGUCCCAGUGCCAGAUGGAGACCAAACCUCUGGCCAUCCACCCCUGUGGGGACAAAAACUGUCCCGCCCACUGGCUGGCCCAGGACUGGGAGCGGUGCAACACCACCUGCGGGCGCGGGGUCAAGAAGCGGCUGGUGCUCUGCAUGGAGCUGGCCAACGGGAAGCCGCAGACGCGCAGCGGCUCCGAGUGCGGGCUCGCCAAGAAGCCUGCCGAGGAGAGCACGUGUUUCGAGAGGCCCUGCUUCAAGUGGUACACCAGCCCGUGGUCAGAGUGCACCAAGACCUGCGGGGUGGGCGUGAGGAUGCGAGACGUCAAGUGCUACCAGGGGACCGACAUCGUCCGUGGUUGUGAUCCGUUGGUGAAGCCCGUUGGCAGACAGGCCUGUGAUCUGCAGCCCUGCCCCACGGAGCCCCCAGAUGACAGCUGCCAGGACCAGCCAGGCACCAACUGUGCCCUGGCCAUCAAGGUGAACCUCUGCGGGCACUGGUACUACAGCAAGGCGUGCUGCCGCUCCUGCAGGCCCCCCCACUCCUAGGCCCGGCAGCUGCAGCCCCUUCCAGUUGAAGACCAAGCGCCCCUCCUGGGGCUGCUGCAGCUUCUGGGGCCUCCACAGACCCCCCUCCUGCAGGGCACGCUGGCCUGAGAGACGUGGCACUGAGCCUCGGCUGUCAAGAGGGGACUUCCCACGGCCCAUGGACCUUUGUGCUCCCGGGGCAGAGCCUUCAGCACCCAGUGGCCUCCUCCAGACAGAGCCACCCCUGCCGUGGGAACCUGUCCGUGUUCCUGCGUGGAUCCUGUGUUUGUGGCUCCCACUCCCCAGCCCCCAGCAGCCCCCAGCCGAGGGGCCCAGGGCCCACAGCCAGUGGUGGAGGUGUCUUGCUCUGGGCCCGUAGCCCACGCCCUCUCUGGGUGGCAGGGCCUUCUGAAGGAAACUUGCAGGCGAGCCCAACGUGGGGGUGGCCUCCCUCCCUCGGAGGCCAUGGGGUGAGAGGGGCUCAGGCAGCCAAGGAAGCCCAGGCGUGCUCCCUCUUAAGGAGCCCCUCCCAUGGAGCGCUCUUCCCGCCGUAGUUUCUACCCCGGGCAGAGGCACCUGCCCACGGGACGUUUGGGGAUGGACCGCGGGCCCCGCCCCGGCAGUCAGCAUCAGUGCUCAUCUACAUUAAUAAACUGGUCCUAUUUAUGGCGGCA